UAACCGUUCGCUUUCCGCACAGUUGUUUCCAAGAAAUCGGUUCGUCGUGGUUUUCCACACGCGCGCUAGCCAUUGUGUUGAGGUCUAGUUCGAAACGCGCAGCGUCAACAUCUCUCGCUGGAAUCGCGCUAAGGUUGUGUAAUUAGUGUGCCGUCUAGUUUGUCGCAUUUGUAUCGUCUGCUAGUAGAAACGGCCAGCAGUAUAAUGAUCUGACGAGAGCUUCAAACAUGCGUUUGCGAUUUGAACCACGACGCACCUACCGACUACAACCCAACAGUGCAGCAGCAUCCCAACCUGAACCGCGUGCAUCGCGUGGAGUGGAGUGAUUUGAAUGUGUGUUCCAGCGAAUCGAAGCAAGCCAUAAAAUGCGUCUUUCCGCUCGCAUCAAGUGUUUCAAGUAUUUAGUGUAUGCGUAUGUGAUUUUAAUAUCGAUAUGUGGCGGCGCACAGCUAUUAAUCGGAGCAUUCCUACUAUGGACCCACAAGCAGUACGCACCGAUCGUGAAGAAUCAGUUCUGGGAACCGUUUGCCGUACUGAUCGGACUCGGCAUCAUAUCGCAGGCACUGUGCUACCUCGGGUGGACAUCAGCGAGCCGGAAGCAUCGGUGUUAUCUAGGAUUGUUCUGUGCACUGUUAGUGCUGUUUAUUGUGAUCUUAUUCUUAGUUAGUGGGUGGGCAGUGGCCACCAAGGCGCAUCUCAUCGUUCCGGCCGAACUGGCCAUCGAGACGAGCUUUACCGAUUUUCUGGCCCGAGACGACACCAACGAUCAGACGCACAUCUGGAACCGAUUGCAGCGAGAUUUCCGUUGCUGCGGCUACAAUGGCAUCCAUGACUACAAAAAGAACAAACAGGGUUUCCCGUGGUCCUGCUACGAUCCGAUCGAUACGAACGUCUUCAGCACCGGCUGCAUGCACGUGUUCGUGAAGAGCAUCGAGAUGAACAUGAUUCGUGUCGCGGUGGUUGCGGUUGCCUCCGCCCUAAUACAGAGUCUCGGCAUAUUCUGUGUCAUUCAGCUCACGAUGUUACUCAAACGACCGACCCUAAUGCUGCCAAACGGGGACAACCAUUCGGUGCGGGUGAAGCGAACCCGCGAGCUGACUCCUCUCUCGCCGGCCACCAUCGGCAAUCCUACGCCACACAGCAGUACAAAACCGCCAAUCCCGCUGAAACCCGUCGUGCCACGUGUGGAUCAACCCGUCAUGAAGGCUUCCCAUUGAAUCUGCCACCGCCGCCACCCAAAGCCCUGCAGCCAGCAUAACCGGCAAUCGUGCCCAUAAUCGUUAUUUUAUCACACACUACACCGGUGUGUGUGUGUGGUAGUUUCGCCCUUUUUAACGACACGCAGCAGACAUAAGUACGCAAAGUUAUUGCAUUUCGUAUGUUUUUUUUAAUCAUUCGUCCAUAGGCUUUAGGGGGUAAAUGUACUUAAAUUCCGCGCUUUUAGACCUUACGACCGUAAAGAUGCAUUUCAUCGUGGGAAAUCAUCGGUACGGCUAAGCGUAUAAGCACAAGCAACGAUCGAAUAUAUAAUUAUGAACUACCGGUAGAGAUUGUAAAAAUAGAGCUAAACAUGAAUCAAUU